AUCAAAGUUGAAGGGGGCGUGGUAGUAAAACCAAUAUGGAAGCGUGGUAGAUGACGUGUAGAUCGUUUAAAUUAAUUAAUUUAAUUGAAUAUUUAUCAAGAUGUUCGAAAUAACAGACUUUCAGAAAAUUGGAGUCGGUCUGGCAGGAUUCGGAGUGGCAUUUUUAUUUUUAGGAGUAUUGUUUUUGUUUGAUAAAGGACUGUUAGCAAUCGGAAAUAUUCUGUUUCUCGCCGGUUUGGCGUUCGUCAUCGGACUCGAGAGGACAUUCCGAUUCUUUUUUCAGCGGCACAAAAUCAAAGGUUCCAUAUGUUUCUUCGGCGGAAUAUUUAUCGUACUUUUUGGCUGGCCUAUCGUCGGGAUGAUUAUUGAAACUUACGGAUUUAUUUUACUUUUCAGUGGAUUCUUUCCGGUUGUAAUCAAUUUUAUAAGAAGAAUUCCAGUUCUAGGAAUGGUUCUUAAUUUACCACUAAUAAGCAGAUUUGUUGAUAGAAUUGCGGGAGAUGCAAAUCGAUCUAUUGUUUAAUUCCAGCAUCUAGGAA